AUGAGAAACUUGAUAAUUCAGUCUCAUCAUGUAUAUCCUGAAAUUUCAAGUGCUAUUCAGAGCAUAGCUUUCGAUACUGUCAAUGAUACUAUCUAUGCAGCUUGUGGAUUGAACGAUAAUAAUCCUGGAAUUACAGUGUAUUCGGUACAUGAAAAUAAUGUUGUGGAAUAUCUUACUGAACAUGAUGAUCCUGCCUAUCUAAAAGAAGAUGGCUCAUGGGAUCAAGUAUGCAAUAUGCAAUUUCUAGGUGAUUCCAUGUCAAUUUGCAUAUCCAUGAAAGGUGGAGAUAUCAUAAUGAUUAAAACAGAACCAUCUCCCGGAGAACCAGUUGUAGAAGUAAUUGGAAAUGUAGAGAAUGGCAUUGUUGCUUCUUGCUGGUCUCCAGAUGAACAGGUCCUUAGUAUUUUAACUGGUGGAAACACAGUUUUGCUUAUGACCAAACGAUUUGAUGUGAUUGCUGAAACAAAUUUGUCCGAGAAUGAUUUAAGCGAAUUUAACAAGCAUAUUAGUGUCGGUUGGGGUCGGUCAGAAACACAAUUUCGUGGCAAACGUGUCCGUGAAAAACUUCGUGAUCCCACUUUGCCUGAACACAUCGAUGAAGGUAAACUUUCGGAGGUUGACGAUGGCAAAGUAAAUAUGUGUUGGCGUGGUGACGGUGCGUAUGUUGCUAUUAACCGUAUUGAAGCCGGAUCACGCCGAGCCAUUCGUGUUUAUUCACGUGAAGGUGUCCUUGACAGUAUUAGUGAACCCCAAGACGGACACCAAAGUUUCCUUUCGUGGAAACCUUCGGGCUCUGUUUUAGCAUCCGUUCAAUCUUCUUUUGAAGAUGGAAAUGAAAGCAAAGUUAUUUUCUUUGAAAGAAAUGGUUUAAGACAUGGAGAAUUCUCUUUGGGGUGCCCUAAAAACGAGCAAUUUACUGGGUUAGCUUGGAACAACGCCUCUUCUAUCCUUGCCAUAUCAACUCCUCAAUCUAUCGCUUUAUGGACGACUGGCAACUACCACUGGUAUUUAAAGAAGACAAUUCCAAUCGCAAGCAAUGCUUCAUUUUGUUGGCAUCCUGAACGAUCUCAGUCUCUUUUUGUGACUACUGACUCUCAUGUUGAGAGGAUUGAUCUUGAAUUCGCUUUCCCAACGUGUAAAAGUGCAGCACCAACCGAUUAUGGCUUAACUCCAGUUAUUGAUGGUUCAUCUCUUCUCGUUACUCCGCUUUAUUUUGCGAAUAUUCCACCACCUUUAUCUUUGUGUACUCUGUCGCUUCCUUUUAAAACAGAGCUUGUCUCUCUUAAUCCAUCUUCUAGUUUAAUUUACUUGUCCGAUAAUUAUAAAGUGCAUGUUUAUUUGUAUGAACCAAAACGUAAACCUACGUUUUUAAAUGCAUAUGAUACUUCCGAAUAUACGAACGAGCUUAACGUUAAACGGCUUCUUGGUUUGGACGACUCGAAAUUUAUCAUUCUAGCAGACGACAGAAAUAACAAUACUAGAUUGUUUUUGUUUCAGUGUCCCGAUGUCAAAGAUGGAUUGAAUUUAGCUACAUUACUGAACGUAACGGACGUCGGAAAGAAUUUUGUAAACGUUUCUUACAUUGAAACUCUCGCUAAACUGUUUCUACAGUCUGAUAAUGGUGAAAUUUUUUCGUUUGAUAUCAAUGAAUUCAAAGUUGAGAAGUUUCAUUGUAAUUUUCCCAAAGCUUGUGCCUGGUUUACUACCGUCCUAAUUGAUGACUCGGUUUUACCUGUAGGUUUAACAUCAUCUGGUAGAUUAUAUGUUGAGCAAAGGUUAUUAAGUAGUGGUGUGCUUUCUUUCUAUUGUACUGAUCGUUUCCUCGCCUUUACUACGAAUAAGCAUAUCUUAAAAUUCGUUCAUUUGCAACCAUUCGUUGAUGAUAUGAAGGUUGUUGAAGAUGAAGGCGUUGAAAGACACGACGAGCGUUGCCGUGCAGUAGAAAGAGGUGCUAAGAUAGUAACCAUGAUGCCUUCAAAAAUGGCAGUUGUUUUACAGAUGCCAAGAGGUAAUCUUGAAACGAUUUUUCCACGUAUUAUGGUUUUGAAUGGUGCACGAAAGCUGAUUGAUGUCUCCGAUUAUAGUUCAGCUUUCAAGGUAUGCCGCACUCAUCGUUUGGAUCUAAAUAUGUUAUUUGAUUAUGAUCCAGAAAAGUUUUUCUUGAAUGUAUCCUCGUUUGUUGAUCAAUUAGGUAGGGUUGAUUAUUUGGAUCUCUUUUUCGCUUCUUUAAAACCAGAAGAUGUUACUCAAAGCAUGUACAUGGAUACCUCGAAGUAUCAGUUAUCUGAAAACCAGACUACAUAUGAAAACAAGGUCAACACCAUUUGCAAGGCUGUACGUGACAUCUUAAUUUCGAAAAAGGAUGAUAAGUUUUUUCAGUCUAUAAUUACCUCUUACCUUUGCGAGAUACCUCCUAAGAUUACCGAGGCAUUGAACAUGAUUUCAGGUUUAAUAGAGUCAAAGUCAUCCUCUGUUGAUAGUGUCAUCGAACAUAUGUGUUUCUUGGUGGAUGUUAAUAUGUUGUUCGACCAUGCUUUAGGAUUAUACGACUUAAAGCUGGCGCUCUUGAUCGCCCAACAAUCACAAAAAGAUCCUCGCGAGUAUGUACCCUUCUUACAAAACUUUCAGAUGCAGGAUAUGACAAGACGCAAAUUCAACAUCGACUGUUAUUUGAAAAGAUACGAGCACGGUUUGACUCAUUUGAAAGAAAUAGAAGGGGCCUUUGAGGAGCUGAAGGAUUAUGUUAUUAAACAUCAAUUAUACAGGACUGCUUUGGAAUUAUACAAGUAUGAUAAGCAAAAGCAGCAAUCCAUAUUGAUUAUGUAUGCAAAUUAUCUUCGAGAAAAUGGAAAAGCAAAUGAAGCCGCUAUAGCUUUUGAGUCGGUUGGCAUGAUCACCGAAGCAAUUGAAGCUUACAAAAGUGCUGGAAUGUGGAGAGAAUGUAUGUCCAUUUUGCAAUUUUCUUCUAUUUCCGAUAAUAAGGUUGAAGAAAUUGCUGAUGAUCUUGCUAAUCUUUGCUUGGAGAAAAGAGAUUACGUCGAUGCCGCUUAUAUUUACGUUUUAUAUCUUUCUAACUUGAAAGAAGCUAUUAACAAUAUGUGCAAGGGAACCCAAUAUAGCGAAGCUAUUCGUUUGGCGAGAACAAAGGAAGCUGACCCAUCUAUAUUUAAAGAUGUUUUACUUCCUGCAAUUGGAGAGUCCUUCGGCGAAGCAAGUGAAAUGGUUGCUGAUUUUAAUAGCCAAAUUAAAGCCCAAACGGAACGGAUUUUGGUUUUGCGUGCCAAAAAGAAGGAAGAUCCAACGGGUUGGGCAGAAGGAAAUCUAGAAGAUCAAACACCUGAUGAUUUAUCUUUAGCUUCCACAAGUGUGUCCACAAAUAGAUCCCUUUAUACAAGAUAUACUCAAUCUACUGCAUCAACAAAAAUGACAAGGAACACUGCAAAGAAUAACCGCCGUUUAGAAAAGAAGCGGGCUAGAGGAAAGAAGGGAACGGUUUUUGAGGAAGAAUAUUUAGUGAACUCAUUAAAGCGAUUAAUAAGUCGGGUGGAAUCUAUGAGAGCUGAGACGUAUAGAUUACUAGAGGCUUUGAUGCGUUGUGGUAUGUACACUCAAGCUUCAGAGCUUCAACGCGGUUUUUCAAAUGUAAUUACUAUACUCCGUGAAAAUGUUGUACCAAUUCUUUCUGUUCCGAUGAACACAUUUGAAACAGCUAUUGGGGAGCAGCCAAUUGUUCCAGAAAUUCCGGAAAUUAAACAUUUCGAAAAGUUGGGAAUAUUAAUUUAA